GAGUGUGACCAGAAACCUGACCAGAAGUAGGAACGAAACUAACCUAAUUACUGCUUUGUGUUUAUUUCACAUUCUUAACGUAUUUAAUCCAGUUUUACUUACAGACGCGGAAAAUAAACUCUGCUGAAUUUUUAGAGUCUUGUUAUUUAGUUUUUCCUGCUUUAAUUCCUGUACAACACGUUUUUUUCCCCCGUGUGCCCUGUUGUCAUGUGAAUUAGUUUACCUCAGAAGCUCGUGUUUUUUCUCCUGACAGAAAUAAAGUCAUAUUUUAAUCGUGUUUACAGAGCGACGCUCAUGUUUAUCUGGAUAAUGGUGCGCUUUAAGCUCGCUGGCUGAUUAAAUCUCUGCCUUUAUUCGCUUUACCUGCUGGACUCGACCUGAAGUCAUCAUCCGCCUCACAGCAGAUCUUUGUCCUGUUCGACUGCGGAGUCCCCCGAGUCGGGUGGAUCUGAGGGAGAUUUAAGAUGUUUGCCAGGAAAAAUAAACGUCCAGCGCCUCCCAAAGGCCAAGGAGCUGCUGCAGCCAAACAGAUGGGUUUAUUUCUGGACUUUAACCCCGAGGACAUGAUGGAAGUGAGUGGAAAUGUGGACGAUCCGGAUCUGGAGGCUGAAUUCGCUGCCAUGGUGGGGAAGAAAACGAGCGCUGCUGCUAAAGCGAAAAAAAACGCUAAAGCUCCGUUACCGAUGGAGGAUAUCGCGAGGAUGACUGAGGCGUGCAUGAAGGACCUCGACGACGAUGACGAUGAUGACACUGACCUGGAGGGUGAUGAAGAUCUCCUGGCGGAGCUACAGGAAGUGGUGGGUGAAGAGGAAACUGAUUCUGGGGCAGAAACUGCCACCUCGCCUGGUACUGAGGAAACCGGGACAGUGGAGCUGGAACCACAGGUACCACAGGAAAUGAAGGCACCAUCUACUCCCUCCACCACUGCACCAGCAACAGUAGCAGCAGUUGGUCUGGAACACACACUUCAGGAGAGGAUCGUCAUGUACAACACAGCUCUAAAGAAUGCUAAAGCUGCGGGAGAGUCGGCGAAAGUUCGCCGCUUCGACAGGGGGCUCAAGACACUCCAGAGCAUGCUCGCAACCAUGCGUAAGGGAGGAAAGAUAAACGAAGCAGAGAUCCCGCCUCCGGUAGCGUCUGGUAGCCGUAACGAUGCUGUUCCUCCCUCAACUCCUCCUGCAGCUGCACCGUCUCCAUCUGAGUCGGACAGCGCCGUGGAGACCUCACCCGUGUCCCCAGAGACCGCCUCUGUACCCACGCUGCCGAAAGUGAAAGUGUCCCCACCAGAGACCUCGUCUAUUUCCAUGAAGACAUCCACGCCACCUGCCAGCAGCGACAGUCCGGCUUGUAAGGAGACGCUGUUGGAGAGACAGAAGGAGUACAGGAUCGCCGCUCUGAGGGCGAAACAAGCCGGAGACCUGGAGCAGGCCAAAACACACAUGAGGAGCAGCAAGAGUUUUGAUGCUGCUCUCGCGGCGCUGGAGAAAGGAGAGAGCGUGGACUUUCAUCAACUUCCUCCUUCCCUGUCUGGAGAGACGGAAACUGCUCCAAAGCCGACUGUAAAGAUUUCCCAGUCGACCCCGAACAUGCAGGCGCCCGAGGCCGCGGUGAGUCCGUCCGGCCCGGUUCCGCCCAAAACCGUUUUAGAAGCUCUGGAGCAGAGGAUGGCCAAAUACAAAGAGACAUGCGAUCAGGCUAAAGCCAACGGCGACGACCGCAAAGCGCGCAUGUAUGAUCGCAUCGUCAAGCAAUAUCAAAGUGCCAUCCGGUCACACAAAGCAGGACGAGCUGUUAACUACGAAGAGCUGCCAGUACCGCCAGGAUUUCCACCAAUCCCAGGACAGGAGGCGGUUAAACCCGAGGAAGGAUUGGCUGCUGCUUUGGAGUCGGCCAAUAAGCUCACCUCUAACGAGGCAGAGGGUGGAGAUAAAGAUGAGGAGGGGGAAGAACCAGAGAAAAAAAUCAAACAGCCCAAAGCUCCAGCAGCCGCAGUGGAGAAACAGAAGAAGCCGACCAUCGCAGUUCCUCCGAUGGUCCAGCAUCCUAAAAGAUCUCCUUCACCAUCGCCUGACAGAAGCACCAAGAAAGAGAACAUGUCUUCCACAGUGACGGAGCAGGUGGAGAUGUUGGAGGCUCGGAGGAAGCAGUACAUGAAGGCGGCGCUGCAGGCCAAGCAGAAGAACGAUCUGGAGCAGGCCAAGGGUUACUUACGUACGGCCAAGAGCUUAGAGCCUCUGAUCAGUGCAGCACGCAGCGGCAAACCACUCAACCUCAGCAAGAUCCCAUCUCCCCUGGUGGAUGAGGACGAGGACUUCAUCAUGGUAAAUCGCAGCGAGUUGGAGCUGUCUGAGAAAGACGAGGAGGUCUACGCUCAGCUCAACACCAUGCUGAAGGAGCAGUACGAGAAAUGUAUGAACUACUCCAAGCAGUUUAGUCACAUGGGGAACGUCUCUGAAACAACCAAGUUUGAGAACAUGGCGGCGAGAUGUAAGAAGAGUAUGGAGAUCCUGAAGCUGGCUCAGACCCGAGGACUCGAGCCUCCGAAGCACCACUUUGAGAAGAGAACGUAUAACACCGUCAGGAUAUUUCCCGAGCUCAGCAGCACUGACAUGGUGGUGAUGAUCGUUAAAGGAAUGAACCUUCCCGCUCCUCACGGCGUCGCAUCGAAUGACCUGGACGCGUACGUGAAGUUUGAGUUCCCCUACCCCAGCUCAGAUCAGCCUCAGAAACACAAAACUGCAGUGAUUAAAAACACCAACAGCCCUGAGUACAACCAGAGCUUUACCAUAAACAUUAACCGCAACCACCGCGGCUUCAGGAGAGUGGUUCAGUCCAAAGGCAUCAAACUGGAAGUGUUUCAUAAAGGUGGUUUCUUGAGGAGUGAUAAACCUGUAGGCACUGCACACGUUAAACUGGAAAAACUGGAGACAGAGAGCGAAGUGCGCGAGAUAGUGGAGGUGAUGGAUGGCCGGAAGCCCACAGGAGGUCGUUUAGAGGUCAGAGUUCGUCUCCGAGAGCCCUUAAGCGGGCAGGACGCGCAGACGGUCACUGAGCGCUGGCUGGUGCUCGACCAAUCACACUAGGUCUGAUCUUCACACUGACUGAUGCACCGUGACCUCACACUCCGACACGCUGCUGUUACAGAGUUUGGGAGAAAACGUCACACUUUCACACCAGAACCACACUGGUGGACCACACAGUCCACCAUCCGGAGGAAAAACACACACACACACACCUGUUACACAAAGGGAUUAAAUGAAUGAAUGAAGUCACAUGCUGUAAAUUGUGUCGCACUUCUGCAUCGAUACCAAAGCGACGCGUGGAGCUGGAGCGCGCGGCGGUGCGCGCGGCGGUGCGCGCGGCUCUGCGAGUUCGCGGUUCUUUAUCCUGCUGUUUAAUAGCACAAAGUCUGCUGUAACUCUGACGCUCAAAUGACUCGCCUAUGCAAAAACGCUUUUCUGUCCGCUGCUGGUUUUAUAAACUCGUUUGUACGUCCUAACGCCGAUUUGCUGCACGGAAAGACACGGGUUCAACCGCACGCCAAAGCCGUAAUCCGCGUUCACGCAAACACAAAUGAUUACAACACACACACACACACACACACACAAAGCUUGAAAGCACUGCUGCAUUCGCAUUUAAUACUGCGCAAUCUCUUCUUCCUGAACCGGUUCCUAAACACCCACGUCCACUUCCACUGGUCCACACCCUCAGAGCUCUUCAUCCUCAGACGACCUCCGGUUAGUGGAGGUCAACCAGACACAGUGGAUCAAAAAGUCCUCGAGCAGAAAUAUCGCUCACUGAAUUUUCUGUCCUAGAUUGUCUUAGAGCGCCACCCGCAGGACUGGAGCACCUGUACGUGACGGCUACAUAAACUCGUAAAGGUUCUUUCUUUUUCCUGCAAAAACACUCCCAGGUGUCGUCUUCUCACGAAGUACGCUGAAGUGUUAAGUUGUGUAAGUUUAAGUUUGUUACUGUGUGUGUUUUCACACUUUAGCAGAGUUUAAACCUUUUGAUUUAAUCAUCGUUUUUUAUCAAAAACUUUAAGCAAUAAAUUGUUUGCUAAUGUGAGCGGGCGGUUCUGUAAUUCAAUUAGAAAGUAAUUGUCGUUGUUGUUGGCCGUC